UCGACUUCCAGGGCAUGGCGCUCGCCUACCUGCAGGAGCAGGGCGUGAAUACGAGCAUCGAAGCGCAGAGCUGGAUGCAGGAGCACGGCUACGCGUCGCUGCGCGCCAUGCUGGACGACGAGUCGCUCUACAAGGUGACGGAGGAGGCGCUGUUCGACUGCGGCCUCACGAGCCCCAAGACCGAGACGCAGCCCAUCCCGAGCAACAGCUCCUUUCAGACGUCGGGCUACACGCUGGACGGCCCCUGCGAGGUCUGGCUGGACGACACCAAGGUGGCUGCUGGCCGCAACUGCCACACGCAGUUCCCGCACGGCCAGCACGAGAUCGACUACAGCGCGUGCGGAGACUCGUGCACGCUCUGGUGGUACUGGCUCGGCAUCAAGUACGUCGAGGGCGCCUACUCGUGGCAGGUCUACAAGAACUGCGUCGCGCUCAGCAAGACGGCGACCGCGUGAGCUGCUGCCGCUUGUCUGUUAUGCGUUGCGUGUGCUCAUGAAAAAAAUAUAUCACAAGCUUUUUGUCAUCUU